AUGUCUGUUUCCUCCUUCGGAAAUAUUAAAAUUUUAAGCAGUGGAAUACCAGCAAAGCGAGAGCAGCGUGGCGCAGUGGAAGCGUGCUGGGCCCAUAACCCAGAGGUCGGUGGAUCGAAACCACUCGCUGCUAAUCGUUUUUCUGCUCCACCAUGUCGUUGGAUAACCCCUUUAAUUCAUCUUGGCAUGUCUGCGUCCUCCUUCGGAAAUAUUAAAAUUUUAAGCAGUGGAAUACCAGCAAAGCGAGAGCAGCGUGGCGCAGUGGAAGCGUGCUGGGCCCAUAACCCAGAGGUCGGUGGAUCGAAACCACUCGCUGCUAAUCAUUUUUCUGUCCUCCAUGUCGUUGGACUGCCUUCCUUAGUUAAUCAUUGUAUCUCUGGAUCCUCCUUCGGAAAUACUAAAAUUUUAAGCAGUGGAAUACCAGCAAAGCGAGAGCAGCGUGGCGCAGUGGAAGCGUGCUGGGCCCAUAACCCAGAGGUCGGUGGAUCGAAACCACUCGCUGCUAAUCGUUUUUCUGUCCUCCAUGUCGUUGGACUGCUUCCUUAG